AUGCCUAAUCCAAGUGAAGUUCUUAAGAAGAACUGGACCUAUAAGUUCUUGCGGAAUAAGGAUCGGAAGAAGAUUGGGUUUUGCAAGUUUCCUGAGUGGCGACGAAUAGCUCUUGAGCGGCACAACGAUAAUAAGAAGUUCCUUAUAUGCCCCAAUUGCAACCAGAAAGGGCACAAGGUGGAGGACUGCAAGGCUGGGGAAAUUUCCCCUUCGCAGAGAAGAUGUUAUCAUUGUAACCAACCUGGACAUCUUGCCAGAAACUGUGAAGCUAAGGGUACUGGUUCUGAGCAGUCUACUGGACCUGCUCGAAAGAAACAAAAGAAGGCUUCGGUGCACCCGAAAGGAGGAACCCCAUGA